ACACAAUCUAGCAUCUUUUGAGAAGACCGAGGUACUGUUACAGGCGAAUAGCUUUCGCGCAUAAGCUAUCGUUUGAAGCAACCUCACUGGUUUCCCCUGCUCGUUUGGGGUUUUUUCGUCAUGUUGUUUCAUGUCCUUAUUCUUCUAACAUGGCUGACAACAACUCCAGUUCUUGUCAGUUCACUGGCGCAAACUGACCUCGAUUACAUGUCAUCCUUCCUCAACGUACGCUAUGACGUCAUAGACAACUUCAUCGACACUUGGCUCCAGUACAAAGCACGUGUCACGCUUUCCAACAAACGAACCAUCGCCGUCACGAAAGGGAACUGGGCAAUAUACUUCUGCAGCAUUCGCAUCGUAGAGCCCGAUCAUUUACCACACAAUCCCCAGGGGUAUAUAGUCCCUGGAGGUCCCGGGGUCAAGCUGACUCAUAUCAAUGGGUGCCUUCAUAAAAUGGAACCUACGGACGACUUUGAGGACCUGGGUCCGGGCUCUGAAGUUAAGGUGGAAUUUAAGGUGAAGUAUUUUGCUGUUGCUAGGACGGAUAUUAUGCCUAAUUGGUAUGUAGCUGCGAGUGGACUGGAACCUAGGACCAUUAAGAACACAAUAGGAGAGGGGCUGGAGUUUGUUGGCGAUUUUAAGAGUGAGAAACAAUGGAGGCGUUACACAGAAGACCAAUACCAUCCUUAUUCACCUGAACAGCGAUAUGAUAAGAUUGAUAUCAAAGACUUAGGAGCCUCGCCUUUACUGCUGAUACCGACGCCAUUACACGUGUCUGGAUGGAAUAACACACAACGAAUGAGUCUUGUGAAAACCACGUGGACAAUGUCUGUUGGGAGUGGACUUAAAAAUGAGGCCACAUUCUUAGCAGAAAACGUGAACGACACUAAACGAACACCAUCCAUGCCUGACCCUGUGAAGGACAUCAAGCUAGAGCUGGGUGAUCCCAACGUCACAAUAGCUGGCAAGAAAUCAACCAAUCAGGAAGCGUAUAGUCUUGACGUGGAUGUUUCAAAGCUGACCAUUAAAGUGGUUGGUUUGACUUCAACUGCGGUGUUUUAUGGGAUUCAGAGCCUGUUGGCGAUGAUCGACGAGAAAGGAACGGUUCCCAAGGUAACCAUCAAGGACGUCCCUAGAUACGAGUACAGGGGUAUGCAUCUAGAUGUUGGUCGUAACUUCAAAAGCAAGAAGACGGUGUUGCGUUUCCUAGACAUGCUAGCAGCCUAUAAGUUUAAUAAGUUCCACUUUCAUCUGUGCGAGGACGAGGGAUGGAGACUGGAAAUACCUGGACUGGAAGAGCUAACACAGGUUGGAUCUAAACGUUGUCACGAUCUACAAGAAAGAAAGUGCCUCAUUCCACAGCUUGGUUCACCCCCCGAAGGCACGACAACCCGGCAACACUACACUCAAAGUGAAUACCAAGAGAUCCUAAGACAUGCAAAGAAGCUCCAUAUUGAAGUUAUUCCAGAGUUUGACAUGCCAGGCCACAGCCACGCGGCCAUCAAAUCAAUGGAAGCUCGUUAUCAUCGCCUAAAGACAGUCAACGUAACAGACGCCGAGAAGUACCUUCUAACGGAGUUAGGAGACCCUUCUAGAUACAUGACCGUUCAAUGGUUCACAGACGAUGCUACCAACCCUUGUAUUGAGUCGACUUACAAUUUCGUUGAGCACGUAGUCGAGGAAUUAGUACGCAUGCACCAAAGUAUACAACCGCUGAAGUUGUAUCACUUCGGUGGCGACGAGGUCGCUAAGGGGGCGUGGACCAACUCAAGUGCGUGUAAAAAACUGGCUUCUCGCUUAGGGUAUGAUUUCAAAGCCAAAGAUAUUGUUGAUAAACUCAAAGACUAUUUUGUACAGCGGGUUGCUAAUAUAACGCAGGAAAAGGGACUGGGUCUAGCUGGCUGGGAAGACGGUCUACUUGGUCCGAACUACGUGCCAUACAAGAGAGAGAACAUCAAAAACGAUAAUGUGUAUGGCUAUGCGUGGAGAGGAGGAGGUCAAAGGACUCAUAAUUUGGCCAAUGCUGGUUACAAGGUGGUUUUAUCUCAAGCAACGUACAACUACUUUGACCACCCGUACGAACCUGACCCGGAAGAGCGUGGGUACUACUGGGCUGCUCGGUACACAGACACUCGGAAAACAUUCGGGUUUAUUCCGGAAAAUCUUUAUGCGAAUGUGCGAGUGAAUCGCUGGGGGAAAGCCGUUACGAGAGAGAAGCUUUGCAAGGAAGAUGGCUCGUGUCCUGAAUUGAAGAAGAAGGAAAAUAUUGUUGGUAUGGCGGGAGCCCUGUGGACUGAGACUGUACGCACCGCUGACCAAAUGGACAGCAUGAUUUACCCAAGACUCUUAGCGCUCGCAGAGCGUGCGUGGCACAAGGCAUCCUGGGAAGACAUUAGCGACGAGACCGAGAGAGAUAAAAAGACUACAGAGGACUGGGAAAAGUUCGCGAAUUUCUUGGGAUAUACAGAACUUAAACGUCUAGACAGACUUGGUAUUAAAUAUCAUAUUCCUGUUCCUGGAGCAAAAUCCAGUAAUCGAAAGAUUCUUACGAAGACAGCUAUCCCAGGCCUUACUGUGCAGUAUUCAGAUGACAAUGGACAGACAUGGCGUGACAUACCAGAUGAAGUACACGGCAAGGUCUUACUUGCGACAAGAUCAGCGGAUGGGAGAAGACUUAGCAGGAGUGUGGAAUAUCAGGGAUCUACUGUGAAGUCUUCAAGUCCUACUCCAUCAGUAAAUCAUUGUUUGGUCCUCAUUUCUGUAAUCUCUCUAGUUUGGUGCGUCUUCUCGAGGAUUUAGCUUUAGCUCAGUUUAGUUUGUGAACAAAGUUUAGAAGCUUAGAGUGCAACUACUGUAACCAGGUUCACUUAGACCACUUAGACAAGAGAACCAAUUAAAAUGUAGAAUGAAAACAA